CAAGGAAAAAGAAUUUCUAACCCUCAGGGUCCUCAUGUAUGUGCCUGGAUGGGAUAAGAACCAUGGUUUCACUUAAUGAUGAUUCACUGAAUGACAAUUCUCUCAGUUUACACAUGCCAAACCACAAAUCAUGAUAAAAAUCACAAUGGUUUGGUUCACUAGGUCUCCAAAGGAAACCACAGUGAUGUCACAAUGAUAAGAGCUGCACAUUACAAUCACAUAAAUGUCACUCCUCCAAACUUGUGUUCUGACAAGGGAUGCUAGUUAUAUCAUGCACAACAUUAUCACACCCUCUCAGAUACCAUAUCACAUAAUAAACUAAACCCAUACCAACAAAGUAUUAAGAUCCUAGUCUGGAAAAAAUUAAAUGUAAUCCAGACCCUGAGGGAAAGUGAUGGUGUUUAAUUGGCUCAACUUUAAUGCUACUGCUGUAAAUACUGUUUCCCGUAAUACCUACGGGAAACAAAAUUAACAUCCAAGUUGUUAAUUGUUUAUUAUCAGAAUAAAUCUCACACUUCCUAAUUGGAAAUAAAUGCCAGCUUUGUACAAUCUAAUCCCAGAAAAGUCUGGAAAUUUUCAGAUAGUUCCAUUUAGGGAUCAAAUGUAAGAAAGAACUGGAUGUUCUGCAAAAUGAGAGAAAAAAAUGAAUUUCUCCCUGAGAGAGUGUCAGAAUAUAAAAUACAUAAGUUCAUACAGAGAUAAGCAACAAAGAAGUUGCACAAAGAACAGCAAUGAGUCAAUCUGAUUUUGGUCUUAUGGAAAUUCCACUUUGGAGACUUUAGGACACACAGGCAGACAAGCGCUGUAAAAUUAAUUAGAUGGGGCUUCGGUGUGACCAAAAUGCGCGUCCCUUGCUUCUCUUCCAAGGCAAUUCUCGGAAGCUGGGACGAAGCCACUCACAGCAAACUAACUCAAGACGAUGCUUGGGUGAACAAUCUGCCCCCAGCAAAGAGGAUCCAGGAGUGACGGCCAAUUUAACCCCACUGCGACUAUCGCAACUGAAAAACGCAUUGCGUGUUUGGGGCCCUCCGGUUCAGCAUCAAAAGUAGCUAGUCCAUUGCCUGUGCUUCAAUCAAAUGCCAGAUCUCCAAAAUGCAAAGGCUCACCUUUCUCAUUUUAUAUUAUUCAAAAAAUGCUUGAGAGAACAAAGAGAGGGAAAUUAAAAAGAAAAAGACUUGCCAAAACUUACAUUGGAUCUCCAAGUAAUUUCAAACAUCUGUGUCAUAUUGGAUGGAGCCCCCAAACGGAUUUUGUUACGAAUAUAGAGCCAGAAUUAAAGAUGAUAUUUACUCAAGCUGGUAUAACACAAGAUCACCUGAAGGACAAGAGAACGUCAAAAAAGAUUUUUGAAACAAUUGAGAAUCAAGGGGGAAUCCAAACUGUUUCAAAAGACACAAAAGAAUCACGUGGAUUAGACUGUAAUGAAGACCUUCCUUCCGUACUCCUAGCUCAAUUACCCUGCAUGUCUCCUUCCAAAAAAACAUCCCACCAUAAUUUGAUCCAAAGCUUGAAGCAAGAGCAUCUGAAAAGGGCACACAGUGAUUAUCACCUAACUCCGGUCAGUGAAGAUCUAAUUUGUCAGAUCAAAAAAGGAACAUCAUUAAAACCAGUGGCUGAAAAUCAACUUUCCAAAGAAGAAGGAAUAGUAGCUGCACUUAAGGAUGUAAUUCAGAAGAGGCACACAGCAAUACCUGCUUCAGGUAAUGAAGAAUUUCAAUCUGACUUGGAGUAUGAUGAUGAAUGGGAUGACUAAAAUAGUGGUACCUGCCAGAAGCAGCACUACUUGAUCUUUCUAUGUUGCAUUUAUAAUUUGACUUUUUAACAUGC